UUUCCACUUCCAGCAGUUUGAACUCAAUCAAUUCCUAUGGCGGGUUCAGCUUCAACUCUGUCUUUCUUCAACUCUUAUUCCCUGUACUGCAACCGGGCCUUCGAGAAUCUCAGACCAUGUUCCAGUUUCGAAAAGCGCUUUUCCUUCACUUGCUUCUCGUCCAAGAAGAAACAGCUCAGUUUCAUGGACCAAAUUCUUGAUUACAUUGAAGGGGGUCCAAAGUUAAGGAAAUGGUAUGGUGCGCCUGAUCUUCUGCCGAAAGAUGGAAAUGAAUUGGAGGAAGAUGAGGCUGCAGAAGAAGAUGGAGUUAGAGAUGCAGUGUUAGUAACGGAUGGAGAUAAUGAGAUCGGUCAGAUGAUUAUACUUUCACUCAUUGUUAAAAGAGUUCGAGUAAAAGCACUGGUUAAGGAUAAGCGAGUUGCCAUGGAAGCGUUUGGCACUUAUGUUGAGUCUAUGGCUGGUGAUACAACGGACAAGACGUUUCUGAAGAAAGCCUUGAGAGGUGUUCGUGCAGUUAUUUGUCCAACUGAAGGAUUUUUAUACAAUAUUGAGAGCUGGAAAGGCAUACAGCACGUGAUUCUGUUAUCUCAGUUGUCUGUCUAUAGGGAUUCUACCGGUAUUCAAGCAGUCAUGAAUAGCAAUGCAAGAAAACUAGCAGAGCAAGAUGAGAAUGUGGUGAAGUCCUCUGGAGUCCCCUAUAGUAUAAUCAGAACUGGGCUCCUAAAGAAUGCUCCUGGGGGCCAGCAAGGUUUCUGCUUUGAAGAGGGUAGUGCAGUAAAGGGAAGUCUGAGCAAGGAGGAUGCUGCCUUUAUUUGUGUAGAAGCCCUUGAUAGCGUACCCGAGAAAGGAUUGACAUUUGAGGUGGUUAAUGGUGCCGAGAAGGUUUCUGACUGGAAAAAGUGCUUUGCUAUGUUGAUGGAUGGGUCAGUGGAGUAACCUCAAACACGAAGACAAUGAACUAGGUAUUCCCUAUUUAUCGAGUUAUUUAGGUGGAUAUGAAUGUUAUUAAAAAGAGUUGAGCUUGACAAGGAGACAGAGAUAAGAAAUGAAACACAAAAAGAGAAGAAAGUGUGCAUAUAUGUAUUUGUUUAUCCUGGGAUGCACUUUAAUAAGAUGUCAUUUAUUCUGA